AUGGAGGUAGUCGUUUGGAUAUUCGGCGUGUUAUUAAGGGUCCUACGCUUCAUCACGAAGCCGUUUUUCUGGCUGCGGACCCGCAAAGAGCAGAGAGUACCUCCGAUCAAGGACCCACUGCUUAUGAAAAGCGCGACGAAGUUGGCGGCUGAUAUAUACAACGGGGAGGUGACAAGUGAAGAUGUAGUGUCAAGAUUUAUAUUGAGGAUAGAAGAAGUCAAUCCGUACAUCAAUGCCGUUGUCGAACAUCGCUUCAAAGCGGCCAAGGAGGAGGCGAUUGAGAUUGAUAGAAAGAUAGACGAGGCUCGAGCGAGAGGUGACCUGGACACCUUAGUAGCUGGUAAACCAUUGCUCGGUGUACCGUUCACUGUUAAGGAAAGCUGCUCACUCGCCGGUAUGUCCAACUCCGUGGGCUGCUUGGAGUUCAGGGAUCGUCGAGCGUUAAUAGACGGCGGGGCUGUUAGUCGGGUGCGGGCCGCGGGUGGGAUACCCCUGCUGGUGUCAGCGACCCCUGAACUGUGUUUGGGCUGGGAGACGACCAGCUUACUGCGAGGGCGCACCAACAACCCGUACGGCCUCGCGAGGACACCGGCGGGAUCCUCGGGCGGAGAGGCGGCGUUAGUAUCUUCGGGAGCCUCCGUGCUAUCAGUGUCGUCUGACAUCGCGGGCUCCAUCAGGAUCCCCGCGGCUUUCUGCGGACUCUUUGGACACAAGCCCACGCCAGGUAUAAUUCCCAUCUCGGGUCACAUCCCUACGCUUCAAGACGAGCAGUAUUCUCGCUUCCUGACCGUGGGGCCCAUCACUAGAUACUCCGAGGACCUGUACCUGAUGAUGCACGUGUUGGCGGGGGAGGGGGGGAAGGACCUGUACCUGCACAGGCCCGUCGACAUACAACACUUGAAGGUGUUCUUCAUGACGGAGGCGUCUCAGUCCUUGGCCUUCUCCCCGGUGGAGGACAACAUCAAGCUCGCGGUCCUGGCGGCCGUACAACACUUGAAGGAGCGCGGCGCUACCGUCUGUGAGGAAAAAUUCAAUGAGUUGAAGGACGCGGUGGAGAUGUCUUCGUCAGUUUUCUUUUCUAUGAAAGACAUUCCUAACAUGUUGCUGGACCCCGCAAAUCCUAAGCGUGAGAAAAACCUGAUACUGGAAACUUUGAAGACGUUAUUCGGCUCGGGAAAAAGGUCUUUACAGGCGCUCUGCUUCGAGCUACUCAAGAGGAAGAGGCUGUUUGUACCCGCGAGGAAGGCGCCCUACUAUAUAGAGAAAGCUAACAAGCUGAGGGAAAAGAUGGAGCGUGUUCUCUCGUCGAAUGGCGUGUUUUUGUUCCCGUGUCACUCGUCUUCAAGUCACGCUCACGGCGGCGUGUUCGUUCACGCGCCGGGUGUUGUGUACACGAUGCCGUUCAACGCGCUAGGCCUGCCGGCGACCACGGUCCCGAUGCCAGGCCCGAAGCCCGGGUCCAGGCCCCUCGCGGUGCAGGUAGUGGCAGGCCCUGGUCAGGACCGACUGUGCCUGGCUGUCGCUAAGGAACUAGAGGUCAAGUUCGGUGGUUGGACUCCCCCAUAA